AUGAAGGGGUCCUCACUUGUUCUGUCCAGCACUCUUCUGAGUUGCGCCAAAGCUCUUCAACUCCAUAAACGCCACAAUCCAUCGAUCGUCUCGGUCAACCUUGAGAAGCGAACGAAAGAUGUCUUCCCCGGCCACGAGAAGAGAGGCAACGAUGAAAUUGUCGAGAUGAAGGUGGACCAGCAAGGCGUCCUCUACUGGGCUAAUUUUACCAUUGGAAACCCUCUCCAAAGACUCUCAGCUGAAAUCGACACUGGGAGCUCCGACUCAAUCGUCCUCACUAAUCAGAUUGAGACUUGUGAGAAAAAAAGACUGCAAUGCACCUUCGGCGUUGGUCUCUACACCCGAGAACACGCUGAGAUAAAGUAUCCUAAUCUGCUUUACGCUCUGGGUGAGGCAGAAGAGAUCAACACUCCGGCAUUCAGCUUGUGGCUCGACAACGAGACGCAUGGGGAGUUCCUGUUUGGUGGCGUCAACAAAGCCAAGUACAUAGGCCCCCUGGUCAGCUAUCUCACAGCUCUGGUGGUCAUGACAGGCUUCGGGACAACUUCUGAUGGAAAGACUUCAGAUCUUGACUUUGAACCGCGGCCAAUUGACCUCAACAUGAUCUUGCAUCUGAUCAAGAACAUGAAGAUCUCCAUCGAUGAGAAGUUGGAUGCUGUAGCGCGUUGCGAAACAAGCUCCAAGGAAACCCUGGAUUUCACAUUUGGCGACUUGACUAUCAAAGUGCCAUUCGCAAACCUUUUCGGUCCCACCAACGUAAAAGCCGGUGUUGACGGUGUUGCAUAUUGUCAAGUCGUCUAUUAUGACGACACCACCAACAUUAUGCUUCGUGACGAUUUCCUCCGAGGUGCCUAUGUUAUUUACGGCUGGGCAAAUAUGGAAAUAUCCCUCGCUCAAUAUAAUUCUGAAGAGGCCGAAGACGACAUACUUGAGAUUAUACGAGAUGUGCCUGGCGCUUCUGCCGCCACUGGCGUCCCUAGAAGGUAUUUGAAGUACGAUCAGCCUGCAGAGUCUGCGGGUACUGCAAUCCCGAAAGAGCUACCGACAGUUACUGUAACCCCUAUUAGCACAGCGACUGGGUCGGUUACAAGUUCGGCGGUACCUUUAUCUACUGCGGCAGAGGCUGGAGAUGUUGAAGACAAUGGAGCGGCGGGUAGUCUGCUGGCAAACUUGAUGUACAUGAUGCUGAUUGCAUUUGUCUUCAACAUUGUAAUCCACGCAUAG